AUGAAUUCUGAUUAUGAGAGUGAGGAAUUGCACAGUCUUGUAGAAUCAUCAUCUGAUGAUGAGCUUGGGUAUGAUAGUGAUGAUAAGUCUGAGGAUGAUAACAAGACACAUGUGGGAGAUGAAAAGGAACAGAAAAAAGAGCAAGUGAGGAAGUUCCCUAUGUUUAAGCCAGUGGCUAAGGCUGAGCAUAUUUAUUUUGAGAAAGAUAUGCUAUUUACUACACCUAAGCAAUUCAAGGAAGCGAUAACAAAUUAUACAGUUUCUGGUGGAUGGGGGAUCAAAUUUGUCAAAAAUGAUCUACAAAGGGUAAGAGCUGUCUGCCAAGAAAGGUGCAAGUUUGUUGCAUAUCUAACAAAGGUGCCAAGGGAGAGGAGCUACCAAUUAAGGACAUUGACAUUGGAACGCACCUGCUCUAGAACUUAUAAGAAUCCUAGGUGUACUUCAUCAUACAAUGGGAAGGAGUUGAUGAAGAAGGUGAAAAGACAGCCUGAUAUCAAGCUGAAAGACAUCCAAGAGGCUGUCCAUGACAAGUACACCCUAAACAUAAGUGUAGGAAAAGUAGGUAGGGCUAGGGAUAAGGCUCGAGAAUAUGUUGAUGGGGCUUAUACACAACAGUACAACCAGCUAUGGGAGUACUGUGAGGAAUUAAGGAGAGCUAGUCCUGGUAGUACCAUACUUAUGAAGGUACAUACCUUCCAUGAUGGUGAUUUAGCAGCUGAGAUGGAUUUAGUGUGUGGGGUGCCUUAUUUUGAGAGGCUAUACAUAUGUUUGGAGGGCUGCAAGGAGGGGUUUUUGUCUGGAUGCAGGCCAUUCAUUGGUUUGGGUGCCUGCCAUUUAAAGAACAAGUUCGGGGGACAAUUAAUUACUGCAGUAUGUAGAGAUCCUAAUGAGGAGUAUUUCUCACUUGCAUAUGCAGUCGUAGAGGCUGAAACCAAGGACUCUUGGACUUGGUUCAUCAAUUUGUUGCUUGCGGACAUAGGUCAGGAUAGGAGAUGGGUGUUUAUGUCAGACCAGCAAAAGGGGUUGGUGCAUACUUUUAUUGAUAACUGGCCACAGUAUGAGCAUAGAAUUUGCUGCAGGCACCUCUACAACAACUUUAGGAAGAGCCAUCCUGGUGUUCUGAUUAGAGAAUUCUUUUGGAGGGCAGCCAAGGCAACUUAUAAAGAAGAGUUUGAUAGGGUGAUGGAUGAGUUGAAGGGCAUUGAUGUUGAUGCACACAGUUGGUUGAAUGCUUAUUCAACAACAAAAUGGGCCAAACACAUGUUUAGUGAGGAUGCCUUGACUGACACUAUAGUAAACAAUAUGUGUAAGAGUUUCAACAGUAGGAUUCUUAAAUUCAGGUCUAAGCCUAUAAUUAGCAUGGCUAUAUAUCAUGACUCAGUUUCAAGACUAUAUAUCAUGACUCAGUUUCAAGACAACAGAGAGAAGAUUCAAAGAGUAGAGCUAGAUAUUUGUGCCAAGGUUCUGAAAAGGUUGCACAAGGAAAAACUGGCAGCCAAUAGUUGUAGGAAGUGGAAUAUAAGUGGCAUACCUUGUGCUCAUGCAAUCAGCUGCAUAUUUUUCAACAGACAAGAUGCUAAGCAGUAUGUUCAUCCAUGUUACCAUGUCUCUACAUACAAGGCCUGCUAUGAACCAAUCAUAACACCAAUCAAUGGACAGAAUAUGUGGAGACCUAGUGGUGUUACCCCAGUUCAGCCUCCCAUCAAAAGAAGACCACCUGGCAGACCAAAGAAGAAGAGAGCAAGGGAACCUAAUAAGCCAACAAGGAGAGCUGGCAUCUCUAAGCAAUGCAAGACCUGUGUGUUGCUGUAA